CCCAGCCGUAAACAUGACCCGCAGCCAGGACUUGGAGGCCACAGUCAACCUCACAUGCUGGGCUUUCAGCUUCUUUCCCCAGAAUAUCUCAGUGGCCUGCUUUCCAGAUGAGGAACCCAUGAGCCAGGAGGCCCAGCGGUCUGGGGGUGUCCUGCCUGAUGGGAACGAGACCUACCAGACCUGGGUGACCAUAAGGGUUCCCCAAGGAGAGGAACAGCAUGAACACAGCGAGAAUCACAGUGCACACACUGCGCCCUCUGGAAAGACCCUGGUGCAUCAGAGCCAGUGGUGGACCAUCCUGGGUGUUGCUGCCUUUGCUCUUGUUUUUAUCAUUGGGCUUUGUGUCCUUUGUUGCACAAAGAAGAAGAAGACAGCAUCAGCUGUGGGGAGCCCAGUAUCAGCCGUUAGCCUACAAGACCUGGAUCAAUGCCAGAUGGAGCCAAGUGACCAUAGCCUCACACAACUGGGAUUUCAGUCCUCGUUGUCAGACCCUGCGUCCAUCAGUUCCACUGGGGGAGCUUAGAAUCUGCCGCCAGAGCCCUGAAUUCAGCUCCCUUUUCUCGUCUUACUAGCACUUUCCCUUUUGUGUGUGUUCUGUUAUUUAUCUUAUUAUUUUUAUGUUUUAUUUUAUUUGUUAU